AUGGAGGAAACUAUUCCAGCUUACUAUUAUUAUGUUGAUCCUGAGAGCGUUUAUUUGCCUCAGAAGCCUAAUCCUAUGGAUGACUUGAUAACGCAAUACCAAUUGGAUGAGCUUUCUCAACAGGUAGCAAGGACUAAUACCGAUGGAUCAAAAGCUGUUAAGUUGAGGAAGUCAUAUAAGAAUCAGAUUUCUGAUUUGUCUGGUAAAUUUUCUACUAUUCCAACGAGGGAAAAUGGGAAAGGUGGUGAAAUUUCUCAUAUUCUAUUCCAGAAUAAUCCUGAUAUGAUGUCUAAGGUUAAUCGUACUGAGGAUAUGACAAAGGAAGAUUUUGAAGUAGCUAUGGCUAAUAGAGAUGCUUCUUUUUUCGAAAAUAAUAAUAUGGAUUGGGAAAUGUGUUCGAAUGUGCUCUCACAGUUUGAAAGAUCGUAUCCAACUGAGUUCCAAAAUUCUCUAGGUUUCGCAAUUGAUGACUUAGCUUUUGAUUUGGAUGGCACUGGUAAAGCUAAUCCAAAGAAGAGAAAGGUUAAUAAAUCUAACGGUAGUUCGAUGACCACACCAAAUAGUAAUGAAACUGAUGACUUGAAGAGAAGAAGGUUGGAAUAA